UCGUCACGCCGGGAACGCCCCCUCGCGUCCGGUGCAGGUGAUUAAGUCGGCGUGCGGUCCGCCGGUGGUCAUGAUCGCGACUGUGAUGUUUUACGCGCUGUAUCCUCUCUCGAGGCUCAUCGGCAGAGUUUCAGAACUGUGGUGCAAGGCUCCGUUUGUGUACAUUAAUGGCAAAGAGGUUUGGGAUGGUGGCGGUGCUCUUUCUGGACAGCAGCAGACGAGCCUGUUACUGCGGUGGAACAGCACAGAAAACACCAACACUGCUCCUGAUCCAGACCACAUGGACGCUGAGAGUCCUCACGGAGCUGUGGUAGAUCUGCUGGAUGUCUGUGAGGUGAAAAAGACACAAGAAGAGUUGAACCAGGAGGAAAUGCAUGAAGACGUGCACAAAUCAGUGCGUUCCUUCAGUCAGAUGGAAGCUCCUUCAGUCUCUGUGUGUGAUGGAAGUGUUGCUUUGAGAGCGUGUGAUUGGUCAGAGAGUGACGUACACCUCUCAGAAUCAGCGCUCCGGGGUUUAGAAGAUCCUGUGAUAAAAGAGUCUGCGUUUCCCAAUACUGAAUAUCAGAGUCUCUCAGACAUUGAUAACGUGCUCUCUGAAUUCAAGCAGCUCGGGGCUCAUGAUGAAAUGGCCGACCGUGAUGACCGUGAGGUGGAUUCGUUCAUGUCAGAUAGACUCGCUUCACUCGCUCCCAGCACCGACCUCUUCCUGGGGUUUGAUUCUGAGGCUGGAAAUGAAGCCCUUGGCAGCCCGGUGUUUGAUUUGGCGGCUUUGCUCGCAGACUCUCAGCAGGUUAAGGCACCGGCGGAGCCUGUCGGCUGGCACUUUCCCGUCGGCCUUGGCCUGUCACAGAUGUGUUACUGCCCUUAUGUGCACUUUCCUGACGUCAGCUACUAUCCUGCGCUUCAGGACAAUGACAACAUUGAAGUGAUGUGGCGGGUGUGGGAGGAUCUUGAAACCCAGACCAGUUCCUGUGAGGACACAGCUGCUGUGUUUGACUUCAGCAUCAUGUCUUACAACAUUUUGGCUCAGGAUCUGCUAGAAGUGAACCCACAGCUGUACACACACUGUCCAGAGGAAGUGUUAGUGUGGGACCAGCGACUCCGGACCAUUCUGAAGGAGCUCCAGAUUUGGCAACCUGAUAUUAUUUGUCUUCAGGAAGUUCAAGAAGAUCAUUUCCUAGAGCAGAUCUAUCCUGUCCUGACUGACAUGGGUUACACCUGCAUCUACAAACGCCGCACUGGCACCAAAACGGAUGGCUGUGCGGUGUGUUAUCACAGUGAGCGCUUUACCCAGCUUUCCGUCAAUCUGCUGGAGUUUCGACAUUCAGACUGUGAGCUACUGGAUCGUGACAACGUGGCCGUUGUGGUGCUCCUCCAGCCGAUGGCCGGGCAGAAUAUAGCUUUCAGCCCCAUAUGUGUGGCCAACACACACCUGCUGUUCAACCCCAGGAGAGGAGAUGUGAAGCUCGCCCAGCUGGCCAUCGUGUUUGCGGAAAUUGACAUCAUGAUCAAAAAAUGCAGGAGUGAAGGAGGACACUGUGAGGUGGUUUUAUGUGGAGACUUUAACGCUUUACCCAGCAGCCCUCUGUGGAAUUUCAUCACCACCGGACAGCUUUACUACCAAGGCUUACCUGCUUGGAUGGUCUCAGGUCAGGUGGAUUUGUCCUAUAAAGUCCAUCACUCCAGGCUUUUCUCUCCGCUGUGGCCCAGAAGCCUCGGCAUCACUGACGGCUGUCAGUACAGGUCUUCCACACAGACCACAGCUUCAGACCCUCGUCAAUACAGCACUGAGUUUCUGUGUCAGCUGCGAUACUGUCCGGCGGCGUGCGUGCGCCCCGCUGAUCUGGAGCUCAUACCAGGAGUCACCGACAAAACACCAGACCCUGAAGACAUGGAGAUGUUUAGUUCAAGGUUUGGACACACACUGCGUCACACACUGAACCUGAGGUCAGCUUACAGUCCUGUCCAGAUGGACACACAGACUGCUGUGGUCAGCUCUCUGAACUCAGAGGGAGGAGCGAUGGUCGACUACAUCUUCUACUCCACCUGCAGGACCGGCUCCGCUGCAGCUGAAGAGAGCGCUGGAGGAUUGAAGCUGCUGGCUCGUUUGUCUCUGCUGUCCGAGGCUGAUCUCUGGUCUCUGCGAGGACUUCCUAACGAAACGUUUCCCUCGGAUCAUCUCAGUCUGAUCGCCAAGCUUCGGCUACAGUCUGACUCUAAAAUUUGACAAAUGUAAGAAUCGCUUGUCUUCAUCAUUUUCAGUGCCUUAUAUAUUUAUAUGAUUUAGUUUAGUGAUGGUUCGUGUGAAAUAUUCUCCAGCGUGGAGUCUGAUGUGAGGAAACAUGAUGCUCCGGUUAAGGUUGACAUGUUCAAGAUAAUGUGACUAGAAAGCAGUUACACGCAUCUGUUAGUUUUCAGUUUCUUUCAUUUUGAGUUUGAAAAAAAAAAUAUAUAUAUAUAUAUAUUUAUAUAUAUUUAUUUUGAACAAAGCUAAAUAAAUAACUACAUGCACUGCUGUUGUCUUUGCUGGUUGAACACACAAGCAAAUGAUGACAGGCAGCGUCUCCACAGCCACACGAUGCUGUUAUCGAAGGUCAGAAUGAUGGGAUUUAGCGCAUUUGAAGUGAAAGUACUUGAUAAACAUAUCCACUCAGUAUCAGCUCAUAUUUGACCAAGAUGGCUUUUGGAGGCCUUUGCAUCUGAAAUACAUCAAAAACUUUUUCUUCAAGCUCAAUGAAAAGAGGUUUGCAGAAAGUAAUUCACCGCUAAAACCAUGUUCAUCCUCCCUGAACAAAAAGCUUGACUGGAAAAUGCCCCCAAAAGAUAUUAAAAUUCAAGUCAAAUUAACUACAGGUAAAACUUUGCAGUAAAAUUAACAUGAAAAAAAAUGUAUCAUUAUUUCUUCAUCUUCAAGUUAUAUUUAAUAAACCCGAACUGAACUACUGCAUUAUAGUUAAUAAAGGUUAAUAAAUACUUUAACAUGAGCUAUAUAUUUAAGCAUUAACAAAUAGAACGUUAUUGUAAUGUGGCAAUUGUUUUCUAAUACUUGUGUGUGAGAUGUGAUACAUUUAUAAAUAAACUAUAACAUUAAUCUA